CUAGCUCCGUCCCUCGGACCACCACUGACUCGGAGCCAACACAUCGCUCGGUGGUUCUGUCUCGUGCUUGGUCGCACCACCUCUCUUUCUCACUCUCUCUCGCCCUCUCGCACUGCAUGCCUCUUGCCAAGAGUCUCGCAAGCAGUAUUCAUCGUCUCGGUAUUCGUGAAUCGGUGAAUCGGUGAAUGCACGCGCUAAACGCGACCAACCAAGUCCGUAUAGUUCGUUCUUCUUCAGUAUCGUGCAGCGUGUCGUACGUUUGUGAACGUCGUGAAAACACAGUGGCUGUGUAUAUUCGGUGCCUUUCUUUUUAACUUUUUGUUUAAAUCGUUAUUGUGCUUAUCGUGAUUCUCUAACGAGUGACAGUGUUAUGUGGAAUGUAUCUGGAAUAUAAGUGGAAACCGGAGCAUCCGUGACAAGGGUCAGAAAAUGACUUCGAUCGAUAUGGACCAUGGUGACCUUAUUGACCUUGACAGUGGUACCUGCGUUCCAGUCGAAGCUCCAGCAUCGCCCGUCGAACUUCCCCAGGUGAGCCUUGAGGAGCAAGAACAUCUCUUAGACGUCUGUCCCCCAAAACUCGAGCAGAAACUCUCCCUCACCCGGAAGCAGGAGCUCGUGCGUGACGAAAGUGACGAUGGCAACGUCCUCGUGACCCUGGGCCACGACAAGCUGGUACCGAUCAGAAGGAGGAUAGACGUCGUUUCGUCCGAUACCAUUAGGAGGUUACGCGAUAUCACGAGGAACCUGGAGAGGGUGAUCAGGAAGACGGAAGAGGACGUCGUUGAUAAUGGAGUUCGAGAGGAGGAUGAGACUUUUGAGACGCGAGAGAUCGACAAUGCAUUUUAUUUUUUGUCACAACUAGAGGAUAGCGAGGAGCAGGAGGAGGCUCGAAAUUUGGAAGAACAGGAAGACGGAAGUCGUCUCGACGAGUCCGUUUCGUCGGACGGACCUUUGAUGGAUGACGAAGCCUUUUCCUCUUUGAAGUCCUUGGAAUUGGCUAUGGACGAAGAAACGUUCUAUCCGCUGGAGCCGAUAUACUUCGUUGAGGAUCCGUCGAAUGGCGUGGACGAGGUUAGGGAGGCUGAAAGGACCAGUCGCUAUCUCGAUGCAAAUGAUCGUACCUGUGUCGCUCGGGAUGACGACGUUCAUUUGGAUAUUGAGAAUCCAGCGUUUGAAGCUUCGCCCGGUUCGAAAUCUACCUUGUGUCGGUCAUCAAGAAGCAUCAGGCCGUUAUCAGUGGAUUGCGAUGACGGCCAUGUUGCCAAGAAACCGCUAAUGUCUUCGCCUAUCACGUGCACGUUUGAUAACGUCAGAAUGCGGGGUGAGGAGUCUGCGAAUAUCCUGGCGUAUUCGAGGGAGGACCCGUGCAGAAGAUCGCACCAGAGAUUCCAGCGGAAGUCCUGGAGCGAGAGUGUCAGGCAUGGAAAUGCCGAGGUAGGGAAAUUCGGGAGAUCGAUCAGUGUGGACGUGGAAUAUAUUUGCGGACCUUCUACGUCGGACGGAACGAGUCAGCGACGAUCAUCGCUGUCCGUCGGGCUUCCGGAGACGUCAUCGGACUACUCUUCCGAGUGCUCCGAAGUGGAUUGGUCAUGGGUAGAGGAAGUGGAGUGUUCGACGGACUCCCGGAGGGCCGAGAACGAAGAGGAAGAAGAGGGGCAGGAAGGCGACCCCACCACCAUGUCCGCUACCGAGGCUCGCCGCAUGCGCGACGCGACAGUUCGCGCCGGCGACUCGAAUCGCAGUGUCGCGAUGUCCGUCGCCGCGACGGGAAAGUCCUUACCGAGUGGUUCGCCAGGACCACCGGCGUCCUUGUCGAUGACGACGACGACGACGACGUCGACGAACGUGAACAGCGCGAAUAAUAGCAAUUGCAAUAGCGGUGCUGCGAACGGUAACUCCUGGGUUCGCGCGUCCAUGCGACGUCUUCGGCACCUGCGACUCCCGGAGGCCGAGAGGGACGAGAGAACGAGAAACUUUGAGGAUACCGCCUUGACGAUCUCUGCGCCGAACUCUCUGCCGGACAUAGCCCUGAUAGCUCCGGAGAUCCUGGCCGCUCAAACCAACGGGACUUCCGUUCCGUUAAGGCCCUCGAGUGCUCCGGCACCGUCCAGGAACGUUGGCAAUGGGUCCGUAGCUUCGCCCAGAAGAGGAAGACGUCCUACGAGCAGAUCGAGAGGCAGGAGUCAAGGCUCUAGACGGAGCAGCGUCUCCAGGGCUACCGCGAGUGACACAACGUGUUCCAGUUCUUCGGGUUCGCCCACGGGAACCAGCCCUGCUUCCAGUGCUACCACCACACCGCAACACGCCAACGGCUCAUCCAGGAGGAUUUGCGAGAGACAGAGAGGAGCGGAUCGUGAUGACGAGAGAGACGAGGAUGACGACGAGGAUGAAAAUCCAUUAGGAAGAUGGCCACACGCCUUGAGUCCUGCUCUUGCAUGUCUAGGAUGUACUCUUGGUCUCUUCAACAUCAGCAGGUUCGCCAUCCUUAGCAUACAAUUUGGAGCAAAUUUCAUUGUUCAGUUCCUGGUAUUGUCUCUGAUAUUGGGCAUACCCCUAUUGACCCUACAAGUAUGCCUGGGUCAGAGACUCGCAGCUGGUGCCGUGGACAUGUGGAAAAUUUCACCCCUCUUUCAGGGUGUCGGAAUUGCUCUUCUCACUGCACAGGCUUUCAUUGGAAUUUACAGUAUAGUCGGUGUCUCAUGGAUGUUUGUUUACUUCAGAGAUUCAUUCAUCACGAAGCAAGACAGGUAUCGAUGGGCAGAAUCAUUUCUUCUCUAUAGAGAAGACACCAGGCCUACACACAAUGGCACCUCGUACAAGCUGCACGAAACUGUUCCCGAUUACUUCAGCGGUGCCGUUCUGCAGAGGCAUCAUCUCAACGAACCUGAUCCAGGAGUCGUGACCCUUAAGUUUCAAGUGGCAUUUAACUUGGCCGUAGUAUGGAUGAUCGUGUUCGUUUCAUUGAGCAAAGGUCUCAGAUCGUAUGGCAAAGUGGUGUAUGUCUUUACCCUAGUCCCGGUAUUUGGAACUCUUGUCCUUUGCACAAAGUUAUUGGGGCUCACGCCAACCGGCUCUAUCCAUCAAUUGUUUCCUGCUACUGUUUGGAGUGAAUUCUUCAUUAACGGAAAAUCGUGGGUAGCUGCUUCUUCCGAAGUCUUCCUUACUUGGGGUUUACUCGGAUCCGCCGCCAUGCAGAUUGCUGCGCACAAUAAGCACAAGCAUCUUUUGCAAAGAGACACGAGCCUCGUUGUCGUUUUGACAUUUGUGGUUCUUCUGUUAUCCGCCUUUCUAGCCAAUACUUGCGUUCAAAUUUUACGAAGUCACGGAUACGUGUACACUACGAGCUCUUUCGAAAGAAUAUCAGGGUAUACGUUCAUGCGUCUUGUCAAUCAACCAGCACCACCUGGUUAUAGCAGUACUCCUGAAAGAUUUAUGUCACAUGCAUCCUUUCUGGUUGGUCAACGUGUUCUGAGACCCGGUGCAGACCUCAGCAUUGAAUCAGGCUAUCAAGUAUUGAGACUCUCUACUGAAUUGGUACCAGCAACCUUGGCACUUUUGGGCACUGAACAAGUCUCACCGUUCUGGGCUGUAUUAUUUUACUUCAUUCUAAUUCUUUUUGGAAUUGCUCAACAGCUGGCUAUAUGGCAUUGUGUCAUUACUGGAAUAAUGGCCAUCAAUACAAAAAUGAUGAAACUCUGGGAAACCACAAUUACCUUCUUCAGUUGCGCCUGUGCAUAUAUCCUGGGACUUCCUAUGGCCACGGAGUUGGGCAUUUACGUAGUCUAUUAUCUCGACUAUACGAUUGGCGGCGGCUGGUGGAUAAUGGUUCUCUACUUGGUCCAAGUUGGAGCAGUAUUUGCAGUAAGAGGUCGUCCACAUACCGGCGAAGCCGUUGUAGCUGAAUUAUUUCCACCCACGGGAAGAUGUCUGAGACAUUGGGCUGGACCACUCUUGUCGUUCACGUGGAAUGUAAUCUUGCCUGUUACCUUAAUGGUACUCAGUAUUACCGUAUUCAAGAGCAGUGGCUUUCGAGAACUGUAUACGUACCGAAAAACAAGCAGGGAUUACUGGUCUGUGUGGGCAAGACAACUGGGAGCUGCUAUACAGUUGAUACCAAUUUUAAUGAUUCCAGCCGUGGCAAUUAUUCAGACUUGUCGCUAUCUUAAUAGUGGACCGCCGGAUAUAUUCGAUGUAAGGGUUCGAAACGAACAAAUGGAAAUUAACGUUAGUCACUGUGAGCAGUGCAAUGGCAGAAUUCAGCUGCUCUAUAGACCAUCACUGGAGCCUGAGGAUCCUAGAGAUGCCCAAACGCAAAUUGGGAACGAUACAUCAACGAGUAUCCAUGGUAACGGAAUCUUGUCAUCAACAACAGACAUUCCUUUCGAAGAUCCUCCACCGAAGUACACACCACCUCCAAGUUACACCACAGCCACUGGUGCGAGGAUAGCAAAAAUGUUACGUCAAAGUUUCCGCAGAAGUGUGCGAAGAAUAGCAAAUGUUCUUGGGGAAGGUAGUGGACCAAGACCAAGACCAUCAUUGCAGCCACCUCCUCCUGAUUAUGCCACCGUCUUGGUUGAGAUGAAUCAAAGCGUAUCGUCACGAGAUAUUUCAGUUCACGUGUCGGAACCCAUACCGGACGUAACGGACACCAGAAGAGGAAGGAUCAACGAGAUGGAUAGACAUAGGCCAAACACUAUCGACAGGACAACAAGAAUCAGCACAAUAGAUAGAAGCGCUGUAGAGCGAACUCAUUCAACAAUGGACAGAAGUCGGAGACCACAUAACAAUCCUGGUAGUUCAAAUUUGACUGCUGCAGAUGUGGCGAACUUGUUGCGUAGCAGCAUCCGUCGUGGUACAGCGCGAACUCAACAAACUUUACGUAGGAGCUUUGCUAACGAGGAAUCGACAGGUGCAGCUUCCGUUGAAAAUCUGGUCGAAGCAGCCGCUCCGAUUGGACAGGAUUCUUUGGUCUAUCCGAAGGAUGUAUCUCUAGUCUCUGAACAAGAUGAUGAUAAUGACGAUGAUAAAAAGACUGCAGAUGAAAUAGAGUGCUCCGUUUCUGUGAUAUAGACUGGCCCUUUGACGUGCAAUGUGAUUCUAAUUCAAUAGCUCUUUGACUAUGUGCACGAUUACGAUAUCGCUCUAUACUUCAAAAUACAACGUAUCUGUUGUAACUUCCAGGUUGAUUCCUCGUAGUAUAGACAAUUUUCGGUUAUUGCGAGGAUUUUCUGUUGGUUUCAAUUUCGUAGUUUACUGUGCGAGUUCGUGAACCCCGUGAAAAAUAUUUAGUACUUGCAAUUAGGUGAAUAUAACUUUAUAUUGACGAUCAAGAAAUUCCUGCAUUUAUGUAAUAUCAAUGUAAUUAGGGUUGUUUUGUGUUUCGAGCGAAUCGUGGCUGCAGUUCAGCUGUCAGUGAUAUGUGAAUGAAUCAUUGUGAAAAAAUUAUUAUGUUAACGGUGCGUUAGACUUAUCCUAAAAAUAUUAUUCAAUCGGCGUCUUUCCGAUGACAUAUUAACUGACCUGUCAAUGACGUGAUCUUCAAAUGAACAUUUCUUUGUGCAUUACAUUUCUGCAGUAAAUGACUUAAAUCUAUGUGACAUGGAUGUGUCAUUAUUUAUGUGUCAUUAAUUACCAUCGUUAAUUCGAAUGUUUAUCUGCGUUGAUGUUAUGGAGUAAUCAAAUGAUUAUCUUUUGUAAGUUACUUUUUUUUCUCGACGUUAGUGCGUUUAAUAUUUAUAUUGUCGUUUACGUAGUUUGAUCGUAACUUUGAAAGAUGCAUUGAGUCAGAAACAUAUUGCGUAUUUGAAUCUGGACGUUCGUUUUGAAAAUUUCAAACAGAUUUAUAAAUGUGUUCAAAGGCAUUUAGUUGUAUUAAUCAAGUGUGCUUGAAGCGAUUUCGAGAAUAUUGAGAUUGCGCAAACUACACUUCGUUGUAAUAUACUUACACGCUUCUUCGUUUAUGGAAGAUUUGUUAUGUAAAUACAUUUCGUAUUUUUAUCCUUUACUUAACGGAACUCCUAUUUCCUAAGUAUUUUAUUCGUAGAUUAUAACUGUUUGAUUCUGCGAGUGAUUAGUCCGUCCAGUGUGUCAGUGUCUAUAUCAAGAUAAUUUUUUAAUGUUUUAAUUUUCGCAAUAGAAAGUCGCAAUGCACAGUUUGCAUUUUUGCAAUAAAUUGAUGACCUCAUCGUCCGACAUUAAUUACAAAUGCUCUAUGUAUUAUUGAGUGCAUCUUUUUGGCAUGCCUAAUGUCGCAAUAAGAUAAUUGAAAAUCACAUCACCAUGUACAUUAAUCAAUGUUCUCAUUUAAUGUGUAUAAUCUAAAAAGCUUUUCCUAUGCUAAGUGUAACUGCUAUACCUGAUAUUAUGGACCACAAUAAAAUUUUUAUGUUCUUUUGUAAA